GUUCCUCGAUACAGUGUUUUUAUUUAUUUCUUUGUUCCAUGUCCAGAAAACAACAACAAUGGUAGAUAUUUGAAGAAAUGUUCAUAACUGAUCGUUCGCGUUACAUUUUCUUAAUAAUUACCGGACUGAUAUCAGAGCCGAAUCCAGAGGAGGGAGGAUGAAGCGGCGCAAUGCGGACUGCAGCAAGCUCCGACGGCCGUUGAAACGGAACCGAAUCACCGAGGGUAUAUAUAGCAGUACGUUCCUGUACCUGAAGUUUCUGGUGGUAUGGGUGCUGGUUCUGCUUGCGGACUUUGUGUUGGAGUUCAGGUUUGAGUACCUGUGGCCCUUCUGGCUGUUCAUACGCAGCGUGUACGACUCAUUCAGAUACCAGGGGCUGGCAUUCUCUGUGUUCUUUGUGUGUGUGGCUUUCACCUCUGACAUCAUCUGCCUCCUCUUCAUUCCCGUCCAAUGGCUGUUCUUCGCUGCCAGCACCUAUGUCUGGGUUCAGUAUGUCUGGCACACAGAGAGGGGAGUUUGUCUGCCCACCGUAUCACUUUGGAUACUGUUUGUGUACAUUGAAGCUGCCAUCCGCUUCAAAGACCUGAAGAACUUCCAUGUGGAUCUCUGUCGGCCAUUUGCUGCACAUUGUAUUGGCUACCCCGUGGUGACUUUGGGCUUCGGCUUUAAGAGUUACGUCAGCUACAAGAUGAGACUCCGUAAGCAGAGGGAGGUUCAGAAGGAGAACGAUUUCUACAUGCAGCUCCUACAACAGGCCCUGCCGCCUGAACAACAGAUGCUGCAGAGACAGGAGAGGGAGGCAGAGGAGGCCGCCCUGGCUGGAGGCGGGUCACCGGAAGUGGACCUGAAUCCUCCGGUCUCCCAGAACGGGUCAACUCCCGGCAAGAAGGCCCCCGUCAACGCUUCCGUGCCGUUACCGGAACUGGAGUACCGAGAGAAAGGCAGAGACGGGAACAGCAAGGAGCGGGAGGGCAAAAAACAACAACACACUAUAGGAAUCAACAAUAACAGUAUCAUAAACACACUGGACUCCAAAUUACUGGAGACAGAAUACAUGGAGAACCAGGUGGGGGCCAAGAGACUGAUCAACGAUCUUGGAGGGGGGGAACACACACACACGGACAUCUCACACUCUCCCAAAGAGGAGACGGGGGGAGGUGCGGGCGGGAAGAACUACAAAAAUGCCAGCGGCGGCGGUUUGGCCGCCAACUCCUCCCCUCGGAAUCACGGCUCCUCCAAUGGGAGCGUCCCGUCAGCUGGCGCGUCAAAUAAGAACGAGAAGAAGCAGAAGUCUGCGGGGAAAGGGCCGGCCAAUCAGAAGGAUCCCCUGGAGAACUGCAUCCCCAACAACCAACUGAGCAAGCCUGAUGCUCUUGUGCGGUUGGAGCAGGAUGUGAAGCGUCUGAAGGCAGACCUGCAGGCGAGUCGUCAACUAGAGUCAGAGUUACGCUCUCACCUGUCGUCCCUGACCAGCCAGGACAGGAGUCUUCGCUCAGAGCUGGGCCAGCUACGACAAGACAACGAGAUGCUGCAGAACAAGCUCCACAGCGCCGUACAGGCCAAGCAGAAGGACAAACAGACCAUCUCUCUGCUGGAGAAGAGGCUGAAAGCCGAGCAGGAGGCCCGGGCUCUGGCCGAGAAACAGCUGGCUGACGAGAGGAAGAGGAAGAAAAUGGAGGAAGCUACAGCUGCCAGGGCGCUAGCGAUAGCUGCAGCUUCCAGGGGCGAGUGCGCCGACUCUCUGCGAGGUCGGAUUAGGGAGUUGGAGACCGAAUGUAAGAAACUCAGCGUCGAUAUGAAACUCAAAGAAGAACAGAUCAGAGACCUGGAAGGCAAAUGUCUGGAGCUGCGCAAAUAUAAGGAGAAUGAAAAGGAUACAGAGGUUCUGAUGUCGGCCUUGUCAGCCAUGCAGGACAAGACCCAGCACCUUGAGAACAGCCUCUCAGCCGAGACAAGGAUCAAACUGGACCUUUUCUCUGCUCUGGGCGACGCCAAGAGACAGCUGGAGAUCGCACAAGGCCAAGUCCUCCAGAGGGAGCAGGAGAUUGUGGAGCUCAAACAGAAGAUAGCGGAGGUGAUGGCUGUGAUGCCGAGCAUCUCCUACAGCAACGACAGCAGCAGCCUGAGCCCAGUCGCUCCUCACUACUCCUCCAAGUUCAUGGACAACAGUCCCUCGUCCCUGGACCCCAACGCAUCCGUCUACCAGCCUCUGAAGAAGUGACAUCAGUACCCGCGUUUGGACACAGUCCCCCGCCGUAUUCACGCCUUUCAUGGUUGAGUUCAGUUCCCGUCAGUUCAGAAAGGAAGCCGCCAUUUCCAACUCCAAGUGUUUGUUCGUUUAGCUGGAUUUCUUUUGAAAUGGUGGCGAAUUUUUGAUGCGAGUAACUUAAAAAUCCUUGUUGAGGAAAUGUGCGGAUUUGCCCACUAGUGGUGCGUUUCUACCAGAACAGAGUUUUUGAGGAUGAGAAAGCAGAGUAACGACAUAGAGAUCAUGAAAGGUACUUUUAAAAAAACAAAAUCUGUUUAAAUUUUCAUCUAUACCUAUAGUUUAUCAGAAACAGCUGUGUUAAAUGGCUAAUGUGCCAACUGUCCUGUGCUCUGAAAACAGCUCGCAGGUACAUAGUGGAUAGGUUACGCUGGGUUACAAAAUGAGAAUAUUGUAGAUGAGAGCGAGAAUGUUUUCAUUUGUCAAACGGACAUGCGCAUCAUUAGGUUAAUUUCAUGUGACCCUAAUAUUUGGAAGGAGCAUCAAUUUCAUUAACAUGCACUAUCAGCACAAUGUGAAGUUCAUAACUUAUUUAAUCUGUAGCCUAAUAAACUGCCAGUCGUAGUUUGAAUAUGGAACAGAUAAUUGCAGGAGUCCCUUCUUUACUUUGAUUUAAUGGUUAUUCUAUCAAUAUUUGCGCAUACAGGCAUGUUCACGCCAUUUCUCGUAUAACUAAUUUUACUGUCACAGAAAUCCCAUUAGGUCAGAGACGGAAUUGUCUGAACCCACUCUCUCUUUAUUUUUGUUCAACAGCAUGUGUUUGCAUAAAAAAACAAGGUUAUUGAAAAGCAUUUGAAGAUUUGGAAUUUUAGUAUGCUUCCUGAACUUACUAAAACUGAAAUGGAUCUGAAACCAACCCUGAUACAUAAUUAGACCCAGUACACAUCCCCAUAGAGGUUCCCUCUGUCUCACACACACGUUUGGUAAUUCAGAGAUAUGAACUGAUGUUUUUGUUUCUACAGGCCCUUAAAAGGUGACCCACCGAAGCCUCUUCCCUGCCGCUGUGUUUUGGUCACGUCUCAAUUUGGUCGCUUCUUUUUCUUUCUCUUUGGGAAAGUUUGGAGAGGUUUUGGUGCGUCGUGUAAAACUACAUAUGAAAGGUGUGUUUUGUUGGUGUCUGUGCUUUGGGAUGGAGCCAUUUCAAUGCGACUGCAGUGUAAGAGGAUAUGAAUGUAAUAGUGCAUUUUUCAUGUUUUGGUAUCAAGCCAUUAUCAAAAUUACUUAAAUAUGUGAUUGUUUAUUUUCAAAGCGACACAUUUCAGUGUAGUUAAGAUGAUAACAAUGGUAAUGUACAUUUCUUUGUAACAACGACCUAGGAAAGAUCAAUUGGUAACUCACUUUCUGAAUACAGACAACUCAAAUUCCCUCCUCGAUGCUGACUUCAAACCAGUCCUGUUCUAAGUCCAAAACGGUCAACUAGUCAACAAGCACGUGCAUCUCUCAAAAUGAUACAGACGAUAGAUUGGACCUGGUGAUGGCCUAAAUGUUUUACCGUCCGUUUGCUGCAAACUCACUACAAGCCACCAUUACUUCAGGACCAAAUUAGAACUGGUGUUCUCAUUAUUACUGAAACACUGCUGUCUGUGACCAUGUGCCAGUGGUCAACUUCAACUCUGCCUCGCAGGUCCAUUUUUAAAAGAGGGAUUCCCACGCCUGUCUCGGUGCGUCCCUCCCUUCAGACGCCGUCUCGCCUGCCUUUGUGUGUCCUUGCUUUGGUGAUCACAGAUCUGCCAGGGGGGAGGAAACGAUGUGGUGGAAGUGUAGCCAAAAAGAGACAUGAAAGGGAAGCUACUCUUGUGGAUUGAGACUUGCCCACUGUCCCCAUCUCCCAUACAUGCCUGGUCUCCUUUACUUUUGGCCCCAUUCUCUGAACCCUGGCCAGUGUCUGUCAGAAGAAAGGAAUUUAAGGAAUUUUUUUAUUCCUUUAGGUUGUGAAUUGCGCGCCAACAUUUUACUGCCGCUUUUAACCCAAUCCCUCCAAAUUAGAAGAGGUGCGUGAGGCUGACCAAUGGGCGAUCUGGAUGCAAUUAUAGUUUGAUUUCUUCCUGUUGUCAGAUCCAGGAUUUGAUCCAGAAACGUUAAGGUUUCUGUCCCAGCACUCCCUAAUCUCUUGGGCUACCUUUCACUGUUUCUGAAAAGGGGAAGGAAUCAAUUAAUUUGUCAUCAAGUAGUGAACUAACCUGGCCUGCCAAGUGGCUAUUAUUAGCCUGCAAGGUGCUCAGAGGUUUACCUGCUGAGGAAGGUAAAGUGUUUAACAAAAUGACAAACAAUCUGGUCCUUAUGUCCAACAUGUUGGCCCGGUUUGGACAUCUAUCUGUUUACAACCAGGGUUGCAGUCAAUUCUAAUUACAUUUCACUCAGUUUAGCUACGCUGGAAUUCAGUGUAUCUCAUUUUCUUCAAUGCUUUGUAAUUGGAUUCUGGUCUACUUUGGGACUUGACCGCAGAUGACCUUGACCUUGUUUACAACCAUGUACAUUAUUAUGAGGAAUGUUACUAGUAUUUCAGUUCGAAGUGCCAAGUUCUGGUGUGUUUCUUACAUCUCCAUCCAUUAACACACUGACGCAACUGUCUAGCUGGUGUCCCAGUGUUUGUUGGAAACACCACACAUUUCUGUGACUCAUGUAUUUGACGUGUAGGUUUGUGUUGUUUUUUUUUUGACAUCCUGUUCUAAUAUAGGUCAAGUUGAUCAUGGAAAAGCAAGUAAACAGUUAUAUGGUUGACUUGUUGUUGUUGUUAUUUAUUUGUCGCAGACAGUUGUGGACAUCUUCCUCAUCAUCUUCAGCGGCGUCCCUUUGAUAUUUAGAUCAUCUUCUGAUUCUCCUGAUCUCUUUCUAGCUUGGGUGUCUGUCUGUUUCUCCUCUCUUGCCAACUCAUGGAGGCAUGUUUAUGCAAAACAAUUCGCUUGACAAUGACAUUGAUUUUGUUAAAAGCACAAACAGACCUCAGACCCAGGCUAAUCUUUCAACAGGGAUGAUCACAUUGAUGAUGAUGAUGAAGAUGGUGUGUUUUAUAUUGGGGAAUUUUACCCUACGCCCUUUUCUCUGCUGUAGGGUGAAUACCCCUAGAUUCAGAUCCUGGGUCAGGUUUUAGUUUUCCUCACCAUUGUUUAUGAUUGGGGAGAAGAAGCUGGCCCUAGAUAAGUUAUACCUGGGGAAAAUGUCACCCCAGAGCUGUUUUCUCAUGCUCAUGUUUCCUACCUGAAAAAAAAAGUAUUGGUGUGGAUCACAAUGAUGGACUUGUGACUUUUUAUUGAAGCUGUUCUACAUGUUUUAGUAGUGGGAAGUGAAGGAAGAAAGAAAAGUGUUUGGUUUUCUCUGUUUUGGUUCUUUCACCAUAUUUGUUAUUUUCUAUCUCAAAGUGAUGAUGAUGAUAAUGUUGGAUGUGUCCAAAUUGCUCUCGCUUUGGGACCAUCACCUGGAAUAAAAAAUGAUCUUGCAGGCGACGAUGCUA